AUGAAUAUUUUGCACUUUUCAAACGGUCGACGACAGUCUCAUCGACAGAGUGUGCUUGAUUUGGAUAAAUGUGCAUUUGAUUUGAGUUCUUCAACGCAUAAAGAAUCGGUCAUUUCGCUUGAUUCCUCUUUGGGAAGUUUACCGUCAAGUUCGUCGUUGGUUUCAAGCUAUGAAAUCACAUCGUACAAUUCACGAUGUCUUCGUAAUCUAAAAAGGAGCGGUAUACGAAUCACUCCCGAAGAUGUCUAUCAGCUUCGACGUGAACUACAAGCUGAUUACGCGGCACAACGUACCGUUGCCGAGCGUAAACGUUGCUUACGUGAAGCUUGCGCUACGUUGUUGGAGUUACGAAGCGAACUAUUGGAGGAACCGAAACGAGAUGAUGAAUCGAUGGCAUUUUUCGUCUUCGAAUAUCAAGCAUUCCUGUGCUGGAUCUAUACGACAAUCCGAUUCGCCGGUUUCACCAGCGAAAUGGAACGACAUUUUCGAGAUAUGAAGGAGAAUCAUCGUAUUCUCCUAUCGGCACUACCGCCACGUGGUGAACCGUUCUUACUGGCCGUACUGCGUUUCUCACAGAUGUGUAUCGAAUAUUCAGCAAUGUGUGAUGAUGAAGCACUGCAAUGGUGUCGACUUGCUUACGCUCGAAACAUAUCGCGAAAGAAGUCUUCGUCUUCAAAUACAAUUCGCAGCACAUCGUCAUUGAGUUCUUCGUCCUCAUCAUCGGAUGUCGACGAAAUUCUUGCUAGAAGAGACUCGGAACGAAUCGCCAGUAUGCUACAAGAUUUACGCAAUAAUAUCUCUGAAAUUGAACUUGGAAUGGCACUUAGUAUUGGCGGUAGUACCGGAGAGAAACUUAUUCAUUAA